AACUCAAAAAGGAUAUAACUGCUCUUAAAGAUGGAAUGACAAGUAUACUUAACUCUAUUAAAGAUAUCAAAGUGGAAUCAACACAUACAGGACCAACAUCCAGUACAACCAAACAGCAUGAUGGAUUGUCAAAAGACUGCAGUGAACUGUCUGAUGGAGUGACUAAUAUAACAACAGAGAGUGGACAGGAAUUUGAAGCCAAAUGUGAAGAUGGCUGGCUCUAUAUAACAGUAAGAAAAGAUGGUUCAGUUGACUUUAACAAAAACUGGCAAGAUUUCAAAGAUGGAUUUGGCUCAUUGGAAGGGGAACAUUUCCUUGGAUUUGAAAAUAUAAGAUCAGUGCUUACCCAGGGGGAAUAUGACAUGAGAACAUCAUUCACUAGUUGGGAACCAGAAACUCGGUAUAUUGAUUAUGAAAAUGUCAAUAUCGGUGAUGAAGCUAGUGGAUACCGACUCACAUACAAAUGGCCUGCAACUAAAGGCACGAUGACGAAUUCAAAUGGACUUGACCUGGCCUUCACAACUAAGGACCGAGACAAUGAUAGUUGUGGUGAUUGCAACUGUGCUAUUGAGUACAAAGGUCCGGGAUGGUUUGGGCGAUGUUUAGCAUCUAAUCGGUUUGGCCCAUAUAUUCAUGGUACCACAUGUCCAGGGUCAUAUUUGUGCAUGACAUGGGGUAGUGGUUGGCCAAAGUGGAUGGAUGGAACUAAAUAUAAUAGCAAAUACUCCUUCAAAGCAAUGGACAUGAAGAUAAAACCAAGCCUAGAUGUAAA